AUGCCGCAAGAGGAAGCCCUUGAGAAGACCGAGUGGUAUGAUGAAACCCCCACAGAGGACAAGAUACCCGAGGAGACACGACAGCUCCUGGAGAUGUACAGCGGCAUACCGGCGAAGGAUGUCUUCGACCACGUCGUCAAAGUGCGCGACGAAGCAUUCAAAAUCUUUCCAUAUCCAUGUAUCGGACAAUUUAGAUUCUUGGAGCCAAGCUUUUCCGAGCUGAGAGAGGAGUAUGAUGAGAUUGUAAAGCGUCUCUCAGAAGGCCAGAAGUUGCUCGACAUGGCGUGCUGCUUCGGUCAAACAAUUCGCCAGCUGGUCGCGGGUGGCGCACCCUCAGAGAAUAUUUAUGGAUCAGAUCUUCAGUCUGGCUUCAUCGAGCUAGGCUACAAGCUUUUCAAAGACCAAGGCAAACUGCAGACCGAAUUCUUGGUGGCCGAUAUUUUCGACCCCAGCUCAGCUUUGACCACCGUGAAAGGCGAAGUUGAUAUAAUUUUUGCUGGAUCUUUCUUCCAUCUCUGGGGCUAUGAGAAACAGAUCGAGGUCUCCAAAGCUGUUGCCGGUUUGCUGCGGCCGGUACCAGGAUCCAUGAUUCUCGGUCGUCAAAUUGGCGCCAUUACUGCUAUUGAGAGGACCUCUGCUACAGGAACGAUGUAUCGUCAUAAUGUUGAGAGCUUUCGGAGGAUGUGGGAGGAGAUUGGUAACAAACUCGGAGUCAAAUUCAGCGUCAAGGCAGAGUUGAAAGAGCUGGCUAGCGAUCAUUUCAUGUUACAUACCGACGACACGAGACGACUAUGGUUCGUCGUCCGACGCGAAUAG